AUGUCCCAAUCACUCAUCGUGUAUAAGGGCUCAGGGCAAGUAUGCUACCAAUAUAACAGCAAGGUGUCUCCGUUCAAUGAGUUUAUCUACCACAUCGUCAACGAAUCGGUGCAGACGCUCGACGGAGACGUCGUCACCACCACGGUGAACAACAAGCGGUUUUACGGGACCAAGCGCAACCAGCUCCACGUGGCGCUUUACUUUGAUAGUGUUACGACGUUGGAUAGUGAUAAGAUCAAGGCUACGUUGCUGGGGGUUGCCAAAACCUAUGAAAAAUAUCAAAAUGGGGAGAUACCGUCAACAAAGAUGAAGGAGCUCAUCGAUCUACAAUUCACUCGACUCAUGUCGAUGAAAUUUGAGGCACGGGCUGAGGAAGAAACAACAGAGUCGACUCGAGAGACUUCGCCUACGGCGAAACUGACAUCGGCGUCGACAUCUCUGAAAAAGCCUACUAAUAAGGCAGCCGCGGGGAGUGGUAAAAAGAUGAGACGAUGGGUUGAUGGCGAAUUGGUGGAGCAUGGCCACGAUGCUAAUUUGGACUUUUCGGCUAAUAAAGAGGCUGCUGACUACGACGCCCCGCUACAAUCAGUGGACAAUUCCAAUUUCGUACGCGACAAAGAAUUGGUGCUUGUGAACGAACUUAACGAAAUCUUAAAUGCUAAAGAAGAUACUCCCGAUGAUUCUACCAAAAAGCUGGGUUUCCUUUCCAAACUUUCAGGCUAUUUUGGCGGUCAAGUGGACAUUGACGCCGUCCUGAAAAAGUUCCAGGACCAAUUGGUGGCGAAGAACGUGGCUCCGCCGAUGGCCAAGCAAAUCACUGAUAAACUUGCCACUAAGUUUAAGGGGGGUAAAGUGACGUUGGCUCAGUAUAAACAAGCCCUUGUUGACGAGCUCACUAAGACAUUAACUCCUAAUGUGUCUACUGAUUUGCUUUACGAGAUCAAAAAGAAACAAUCGGGUCCAUUUGUCAUCUCGGUAGUCGGUGUCAACGGUGUCGGGAAGUCAACCAAUCUUGCCAAGUUGGCCUACUGGUUUUUGCAAAAUAACUUGAACGUGCUUAUUUGCGCCUGUGACACGUUUAGACUGGGGGCAGUGGAACAAUUGAACGUCCACGUUAAUAACCUUGCUCGUCUCAAUCAGCUGACACUGUCGACGGCCAAAAUUGAGUUAUUUGAAAAGGGGUACGGUAGUGGCGAUCACGUGGUGGCCACGGCCAAAGCUGCCAUUGAAUACGGUGGCGCCAACGACUACGACGUGGUGUUAAUUGAUACUGCUGGGCGAAGCCAUGCCAACUCGCGGUUGAUGGCUCCUCUCAAGAAGUUUGGUGAUGCCGCUAAUCCCGAUAGAAUCAUUAUGGUGGGUGAAGCGUUGGUGGGUACUGACUCAGUGGAACAGGCGCAAAACUUCAACAACGCGUUUGGAAACCGCCGCCACCUCGACUUUUUCAUCAUCUCCAAAGUGGAUACCGUCGGGGAGAUGGUCGGGACGAUGAUCAACAUGGUGAUGGCGACGAAAGUGCCGAUUUUGUUUGUCGGGACGGGGCAGACAUAUACUGAUAUCAAGCGGUUGAGCACCAAGGCCGUUGUCGACAUGUUGAUGAGUUGA